AUGUAUGUAGCCUUGGCUGGACAGGAACUCGCUGUGUAGAUCACCUGGUUUCAAACACAGAGAUGGGCCUGUCUCUGCUGAGACUAAAGGCCUAUGGAAUCCCAAGCUGACACACCCAGCAGCCAGUCAGUGGAGAGCUGCUCCUUGAAUCUCCCAGCAGCGUGUGACUUCAGAGGUCUUGAAGCAGCCCCAGAGGGCAGCCAGGGUGCCGGCAGCAAGUCUCUGAGUUCUCUGGACUCCCAUUCUUUCCCUUGUUCUUCAACUGCUGAUCCAGAUAGCAGUUCUCUAAACACUGAACAAAAGGGCUCCUGGGACUCAGAGAACUUCUGGCUUGAUCCUUCUGCGAAAGGCCAGUUGGAGACCAGUGAAGAGGAGGAUGGACUCCGGAAAUCACUGGACAGAUUCUAUGAAGCAUUUGCUUAUCCACCGCCAGGCUCCGGGGACCAGCUCUCUGCCCCUGUGUGUCGGUGUCUGUCUCAGGCAAUCUCUGAACUUGAGGGCCAGGAAAGCCAGAAGUACACUCUCCGCAGUUUCCAGAUGGCACGAGUUAUCUUCAGUCGGGAUGGCUGCUCCAUCUUACAGCGGCAUUCCAGGGAAACCCGCUUCUACCCUCUGGAACAAGGAGGCAACUCUUUGGAGGGCGAAGAGCCCACCCCAGGACUGUCUAGAGAGAUCAUUCGUUUCCUCUUGGAGCAGAACAUAAUGAAAGACUCCUAGCUGGGGCUGGUGUGAAAGGGCAGUGCUGGAGGGGAAGUGCUAUAUCUUGGCCCUCAGAAUCCCUGAGGGGUCUCCUGGUAGCUUCCUGUUUCCAGCUGUUAGCUACAAGCUUUGUAGGUAGAGGCUGGCACCAGCGAUCUGGUGAUGGAGCUAGUAAGUCUCUAGGUGUGCCACCCCACUCACGUUGGCGAAGGCUGCUAUGGACUCAACUAGGGUUCUUUGCCUUAGUCUGUGUUCCAGAGUAUUCUGCUGGGGUCCAGACCAGGGCUGGGACUUUGGCAGGAAAUCACUUCCUUGCUUGGUUCAUCCCUCCUCCCACCCACCUCCUGGUGUCUCUGGGGCCUUUUCUUA